AUUAACAUAGAAAGCGUGUUUGUGCUCUUGCAAUUGCAUUUGGGGCUAGGGUUUUACUAUUUGGUUAUCCUCUCUUUGGCACUUGCACCUCUCCCUCUCUCUCCACUGUGCUUCUUAACAUUUUCGCAGAGAUGAAUGUUGAAAAAUUAAUGAAGAUGGCCGGUUCGGUCCGCACCGGCGGGAAGGGUACAAUGAGAAGAAAGAAGAAGGCUGUACACAAAACGACCACAACAGAUGACAAAAGGCUUCAAAGUACCUUAAAGAGAGUAGGAGUGAACGCCAUACCUGGAAUCGAGGAAGUUAAUAUUUUCAAGGAAGAUGUAGUUAUACAGUUUGUCAAUCCAAAGGUCCAAGCAUCUGUUGCUGCCAACACCUGGGUUGUUAGUGGCACUCCUCAGAACAAGAAAUUGCAGGACAUUCUUCCUCAAAUCAUCAACCAGUUGGGUCCGGAUAACUUGGAGAAUUUGAAAAAGUUAGCAGAACAGUUCCAAAAGCAGGCACCAGGUGGUACAGCUUCUGGCACUGGUGAAGAUGACGACGACGAUGUACCCGAACUUGUAGCUGGUGAGACGUUUGAAGCUGCCGCAGAGGAGGAACACAAACAGACCUCUUGAGGACCUCUAUUUUCCAGUUUUUGACCGUCGCUUACAUUUUCCAUGUUUCUGAAAGAUCUUACAUUAUGAGCCCUAUUUGCAAGCUAGUUUCUAUGUCACCAUAUUUUGAAUGAACGUUCUAUGUAAGCAAAAUAUGAUUGAAUCAAUAUGCCUUGUUCGGUUUA